AUAAAAUAUAGAAAUGUCAUAGUAGCAGGAUCAGCCUAGUGCUAAGAAACGUAUUAGAAGAUGUACAAAACAUGAUGAAAAUCCGAGACCAUAUAUUUGCGGAUGUGGGCGUGGUUACUAUAGUUAUCCUGCAUUAUAUACUCACUUGAAGUAUUUAAUAAAUAAAUGUAAGAAUUAAACAUGAUGGCCAACCUCCUACUGGUACAUAGAUUCCAAGUGAUAAGCAUUAUGGUAGUAGAGGAAGACCAAGAGAAAAGAAUACAAAAUGUGAUGAAGAAAGCAAGCAUCAAGUGUUUAUUGAUGAAGAAAAAAGAGAAGAUAACAAGAAGGAAGAGAAAGUUAUACCAAAUUAAUGAAAUCAGAAGAGAG